AUGGCGAAUUACAUACUCGAAACGCGGGGUGCGAAGAAGGUUGGAAAGCUCUGGGCUCAUCGUUUUGUGAAACGAUAUACAGAAUUAAAGACGCGUUUUAAUUGUGUUUAUGACUUUCAAAAAGCUCUCUGCGAAGAUUCAGAGCUUAUUGAAAGAUGGUUUCGAUUGGUAUCGAAUAUGCAGGCCAAAUAUGGCGAAUACCACCUCUCAAAUUGGUAUACCGAAGGCGAUUUACCGUACGAUUGGCUUAUUAAACCUACUAUCAAUGGAUGGACAGAUAAUGAGACAGGUCUUGAAUGGAUUAAGCACUUCAACAAACAUACUGAAAGUAGGAAAGUGGGUAGAUAUCGAAUGCUAGUGCUUGAUGGGCAUGAAAGUCAUAAAUCGCCAGCAUUUCAGGAAUACUGCGAGGAACACGACAUUAUAUUACUUAGUUUACUAUCUCAUUCUUCGCAUUUAACUCAAUCACUCGAUAUCGGUUGUUUUGGUUCUUUAAAGUAUUCAUAUAGUCGACAAAUCAAGAACUUUAUCAAGGCGCAUAUCACUCAUAUUACCAAAACCGAGUUCUUUCAAGCCUUCAAAGCUGCAUAUACCGAAGCAACACCCAUACCAAAUGCUGCUGAGGUUCAUAGUCUCCGCAGAGCAAAUGAAGCACUUAGUAAACACCGGAGAGCUAGAAAAGCUUUAAUACGAAAAGGAGGAGCACUUUCAGUAGAAGAUGGGCAUGAUAUAUUAGAACAAGAGAAUGUAGAAGAUCAGAUACGACGCGACGAAUUUACAAAUGGUGAUUCUUCAGCAAGGAGGCAAGCUACUAUACGACGAUGUAGCAAAUGUGGUAGUGCUUCACAUAAUGCACGAACUUUAUUGUUGUAA